AUGGGUGGUCGACGAAACGCGAGGUACUCCGCAGUGAGGGGAGCAACAGUAGACACCUCGCUCUACGUACGCAUAUCCUUGGUUUGUGAAGGCGUGGAUUCGGUUCAGAUGAUAAAUGGAUCUCUUCUGGAAUACUUCUUCAGGUCAAAUCUGCUGCUGAGCUUUGGUGCCUUGGGGUACAGCGAAUGCCGGCUUAACACGAUAAGCAGCGAGUCUGAAACGGCUCAUUCCAUUAUUCAAGUGCCAGCGAGGUAA